UCGCUAAUUAUAAGAUUUCCCUACAUAUAAAGAAACCGUACCAAAUAACAUGCUCCAUCAAACAAAAAAUAAAAUUUGUUACUCCCUAAUUAGUAACCUUUAAAAACAAAUCUUCACAAUUUAUUCAUUUUAAUUAUACAAUUUUACUUUUAAAAAUCGUAUAUAUACUGCAUUAUUUCUUCAGUGCCAAUAUUAAUAGUCGUAGUAAUAGUAAUAGCACGUAUCAUUUUUGAACAUCGUAACGUGUUCACGCAUCCAUUUUAUCAUCCCUCCAUUAUAUUUAUGAAAUUCUCACAUACAAACUACAUUUAUUUAUGUUUUUUAAAAAGUUGUAAUCAUGGACCCUAAAAUGCCAUGGAUAGCCCUAUAAAAAACCCUCAAAUUCCCUUCAUUCCCCACAACUCCAUUCUUAAACACCACUCUUUCUCUCUCUCCUCUUCUUGCCCAAUUCACCAUUUUCUCUCUCCUCAAAUACCACUUUUCUUCAGAUCAAAACCGUUUCACAGUUAUUCUAAUCCAUUUUCUCUCUCUCCUCAAAACAAUUUCAAAUUCAAUGGAGUCAUCUUCAUCUUCAUCUUCAUCUUCCUACCAUGAAUUCGACACCAUUAAAAUGGAGAAAGAGAAAGCGAUGCGACGAUAUAGAACUUUCAAGAAGAUCGCUAACAUUGUUCGAACUGUUGAAGUUAUCGUCGCGAUUAUGUUCGUCUCAUUUUCUCUCUCCUUCACUUCUUCCUAUCUUCCUGCCGUUAUUGAAUUCGGCGGCGCUUUUUUCCGGCGGAUUUUCUCUCUCCUCUUUUGUCCUCACUUUGUUUUCCUUAUCGGAAACGUGAUUAUCAUCACUCUCUUCGCUAAAUCUUCCUCCGAGAAUAAAACCUCCGAUCAAACCGAAGAAGAAUUAUCCGGCGCAAAAAUUGAGUCCGUUAACGUCGAAAUCGGAAUCUCCGGCGAAAACAAUGAAUCCGAUAAUGUCGACGGUGGAAUCUCCGGCGUGACGGAGAAGGUCGUUAGCGAAGUUCCGGCGGUGGAGGAGAGAGAAAUGGAGGAGAAAGUAUACCGAAGGACGAAAUCGACUUCGGAAAUGGUUGUUGUGAAGGAGGAGAAGAAAGAGCUCCGGCGAUCGGAAACGGAAGUUGGACGGAAAAUCGAGAAAACAGCGGCGAUUGAUCGAAGGAGAGAGAAUCGGUGGUUCGAAGUUGAUGAAUUGAGUAAUGAAGAAUUCAACAGGAAAGUUGAAGCGUUUAUUCAGAAACAGCAGAGGUUUUUACGAGAAGAGAAAUUGGCGGUUGUUUUGAGUAAUUAAGCAUAAUUAUGGUAAUUACGAGUAAUUAAAUAAUGAUUAAUAGUGAUUAACUGUUGAUUAUGUUAAUUACUCUGUGAGAAAGUUUAGAGGAAACAGAGUAUGAUAGGAAGUGUUAUUUUUUUGACACUUUACUAUCAGAAAUUGUAGUGCAUGAUUUUUACUUUGGAAUGUACAGUUUUAGUUGAAGAGUAUUAGAGUAGUAGUACAAAUCUGAAAUAUACUUCUACUAGUAGUGUUAAUGUUACUAAGACUACUACAGUAUUAAUAAUAAUAAUUACUGUUAUUAGCAAACUUGUUGUUGAAGUUAUGA